AUGGAUGACCUCGAGUCUUUGGAGCUGUUGUCGCUCGUGUCGCGAGUGACGAAUGAGCUCCAGAACCACCUGGGUAUCAACGAGAAGACACUCGCGGAGUUCGUCAUCGACCAGCACCUCAAGUGCAAUGGUUCCUUUCCCGAUUUCACAAAAGCUCUCGACGAGAUGGGCGCCGAGUUCCCUCAGAGUCUCAUGGAGAGUAUCGACCGCAUGGUGCUCACCAUGCACCCCAAAUACAAAUCGCAGAAAAAGGAGGACAACGGAAACUCCGCGGAAGACGACGAUAUGGACUUGCUGGGGGCUCUAGAGAAAAAGUCUCGUGUGUUCAAGGGUCUUGCGGUCCCCGAUACGGAGAAGCGCUGGGAAGAAGACGACUACGUUGAUCAACAAGCCGCAGGCGACGCGGACUCUGGCGCGGAUGCCAUGGAUGAUACAUUUGCGAUGCUGGAGGGGUUGGCUGGAAAAGCCAAGCCCGACACUUCUCGCCCGUCAAGGACUGACCGCGACACCAAGAAGCGCAGUCGCAGCCCCGAGCGCAUCGAUGAUGACCGUGGACGACGCAGAGACAAGUAUCGCGAGCGAUCAAGGUCCCGAAGUGCCCGGCGGCAUGGCAAAAACGACGAUCUCGUGGACGAGUUUGGUCGAUCAAUUGAUAGAUAUGGAGAUCGGGGUGACAGCCGUCGCAAUGGACAUGGUGAUCGCGAUCGUCGGAGGCGCCGUGAUCGGGAUGAGGAUGAUGACUUCCACCGUCCUCCGCCGAUCGAGUUGGAUGACCAUCCAGUCCUUUACAAAAUUUACGAUGGAACUGUGACAGGAGUGAAAGACUUUGGCGCUUUCGUUAAUCUGCAGGGCGUGAAGGGCAAAGUGGAUGGCCUUGUGCACGUUUCAGCAAUGCAGGAGGGAGUGCGGGUCAACCACCCUUCAGACUUGGUCUCUCGCGGGCAACCGGUCAAGGUCAAAGUGGCUAGCAUCCAGGGCACUCGCAUAGGAUUGUCUAUGAAGGAGGUGGACCAGAUGACGGGCAUGGACAUGGUCCCUCAGAAGCGUCUUGCUUCUGGGGCCAAUAUGGAACGCCUUGAUGGGACAGAGGCAAACGACAGAUAUGGCAAUUUGACCUCGGAUGUUCCCGUCAUUGAAGACUCAGGCCGUCGGCCAAUGAGAAAUCGAAAGCGCAUGACAUCGCCUGAGAGAUGGGAGAUCAGACAAUUGAUUGCAUCUGGUGUUGCUUCCGCAGCAGACUACCCCGACAUUGACGAAGAAUAUAAUGCAACACUCACUGGAGAAGGCACGUUUGAAGAGGAGGAAGAUGUUGACAUUGAAGUCAAGGACGAGGAACCUCCUUUCUUGGCUGGUCAAACGAAACAGUCUCUUGAGCUCUCUCCUAUCCGUGUUGUCAAGGCUCCCGAUGGGUCAAUGAACCGUUCAGCAAUGGCAGGUACCAACCUUGCUAAGGAGAGACGUGAAUUGAAACAACAAGAAGCUCAAGAUAAGGCGGCUGAAAAGGCUGCAGAUGUCGACCUCAACGCACAGUGGCAGGAUCCAAUGGUUGCGCCCGAGGAGCGAAAAUUUGCCGCUGAUUUACGCAGCGCCCAGCAGCCUAAGCAGGAUGACGCGGUGCCAGAGUGGAAGCGGGUGACGAUGGGCAAGAACGCUACUUUUGGAAGACGUACAACCAUGUCUAUGAAACAACAACGAGAAAGUCUGCCCGUCUUCAAGUUCCGCAAGCAAUUGCUGGAUGCAGUAAGAGACAAUCAGUUGAUGAUUGUUGUCGGAGACACAGGUUCCGGAAAAACCACGCAGUUGACACAAUAUCUUGCUGAGGGUGGAUACGGAAACAAUGGAAUCAUUGGCUGUACCCAACCUCGUCGUGUCGCUGCGAUGUCAGUGGCCAAGCGUGUGGCUGAGGAAGUGGGUUGCAAGCUUGGAGCAGAGGUUGGAUACACUAUCCGUUUCGAGGACUGCACUAGCCCAGACACCAAAAUCAAGUACAUGACCGAUGGAAUGCUCCAGAGAGAGAUUCUUCUGGAUCCAGAUCUGAAGAAAUAUUCUGUGAUCAUGCUUGACGAGGCUCACGAGCGAACCAUCGCCACUGAUAUUCUGUUCGGAUUGUUGAAAAAGACAAUCAAGCGACGGACAGACCUGAGAUUGAUCAUCACAUCUGCAACCCUGGACGCUGAGAAAUUCUCUGAAUAUUUCCAUGGCUGUCCCAUUUUCUCCAUUCCCGGCCGAACGUUCCCCGUCGAGGUCAUGUAUUCAAAGGAGCCCGAAUCCGAUUACUUGGAUGCUGCACUUAUCACAGUCAUGCAAAUCCACUUGACAGAGCCUGCUGGUGAUAUUUUGGUUUUCUUAACGGGUCAAGAGGAGAUUGAUACAGCCUGUGAGAUCCUAUUCGAGCGCAUGAAAGCUUUAGGAACGACUGUUCCGGAGUUGGUCAUUCUACCUGUCUACUCCGCACUGCCAAGUGAGAUGCAAAGUCGAAUUUUCGAUCCAGCACCAGAAGGCGGACGCAAGGUUGUCAUUGCUACCAACAUUGCUGAGACAUCGAUCACAAUUGACCAAAUUUACUACGUCAUCGAUCCUGGCUUCGUGAAGCAAAAUGCAUACGACCCGAAACUUGGUAUGGAUUCUCUUGUGGUAACACCCAUCUCACAGGCACAAGCCAAGCAGAGAGCUGGUCGUGCAGGCAGAACAGGACCUGGAAAGUGCUUCCGACUGUACACUGAAGCAGCCUACCAGUCUGAAAUGCUCCCAACAACCAUUCCCGAAAUUCAGCGUCAGAACCUCUCACAUACUAUUCUGAUGUUGAAGGCAAUGGGUAUUAAUGACCUUCUUCACUUUGACUUCAUGGAUCCACCACCUACCAACACCAUGUUGACGGCACUCGAGGAGCUCUAUGCCCUGUCAGCACUUGAUGAUGAAGGUCUCCUGACCCGACUUGGACGCAAAAUGGCCGAUUUCCCUAUGGAGCCUGCGCUUGCUAAGGUGCUCAUCGCAUCCGUAGAUUCUGGUUGCUCUGAUGAAAUGCUCAGUAUUGUCGCUAUGUUGUCCAUUCAAUCUGUCUUCUACCGACCAAAGGAGAAGCAGCAGCAAGCAGACCAGAAGAAGUCCAAGUUCCACGAUCCACACGGUGACCACUUGACCCUGCUCAAUGUCUACAAUGGCUGGAAGAACGCCAACUUCAACAAUUCCUGGUGUUUCGAAAACUUCAUUCAGGCACGUCAAAUCAAGCGCGCCCAGGAUGUCCGCAAGCAACUCCUUGGAAUCAUGAACCGCUACAAGCACCGCAUCGUCUCCUGUGGUCGCGAUACCAUGAAAGUCCGACAAUCUCUCUGCACCGGAUUCUUCCGCAAUGCAGCUCGCAAAGACCCCCAGGAGGGAUACAAGACUCUGGUGGAAGGAACACCCGUUUACAUGCAUCCCAGCUCCGCAAUGUUCGGCAAGCCAUCCGAGCACGUCAUUUACCACACCCUUGUUCUGACCACGAAGGAGUACAUGCACUGUACCACGGCUAUCGAGCCGAAGUGGCUUGUCGAGGCCGCCCCGACGUUCUUCAAGGUUGCUCCUACAGACAAGCUAUCGAAGCGCAAGAAGGCGGAACGCAUUCAGCCUUUGCACAACCGCUUUGCUGGCGAAGACGAUUGGCGUAUCUCUGCCCAGCGCAAGCAGGGACGAGGUGGUGGCGGUGGUACUUGGGGUUGA